AUGAGGUCACCGACUUUUGAAUUUAAGACGGAUUUAAAGAAAGGUUCAUGGAGUGCUGAAGAAGAUCAAAAGUUAAUUUCUUAUAUAAGUAGAUAUGGCAUUUGGAACUGGUCUCAGAUGCCAAGAUUUGCAGGUCUAUCGAGAAGUGGCAAAAGUUGUAGACUUAGAUGGAUGAAUUAUUUGCGUCCUAAUGUAAAGAGAGGAAACUUCUCGAAGGAGGAAGAAGAGAUCAUAGUACAUUCUCAUUCACUCCUUGGCAAUAGAUGGUCUGCAAUCGCGUCGAGACUUCCAGGAAGGACUGAUAAUGAGGUGAAAAAUCACUGGCAUACGCAUCUCAAGAAACGCGUAAUUGAUCACAACCUGGUGACAGAAUCAGAGGAAAGUCAUAUGAGCUCAACAUCCACAUCUCAGGCCCUUGAAGUAGAGACCGUAGAACCUGCUUAUGAUAUGGAUGAAAUUUUCAAGUCCAUCUUGACAUCUGAAGACGAUAGCUCUUCAUCUAACAGCAACACAAGUUCAACAUAUCAUGAAAAUGGAUUUGGUGCUAAUUAUUAUGAUAUGGGCUCACCAGGAACUGUUGAUGAUGUGGAAUGUUUUUGGAAACAACUUGGCUCAUUUGAGAAUUUGGAGCAUGGAAACAAUUACGAGUUUAUGGAUUCGUUAUUUGAUCAACCAUUCAAUCCAUACAUCAUCUCCUACGAUAAUGAUUGCGACGUAACUCAGUCAUUUAAUUAGCGCGAAUGACAGCCAACGUGAUAGUUAGGUUUCAAUCAAGUUUCAAACGAGCUUAAUUAGAUUCUUCCUUCUGUAUGCAUACAAAAAAGAAUGGUGAAUACAACUUUGCAAAUAAACCAAAUAUAAAUAGUAUCAAUAUAUGUAUC